GGAGAGCCGGCGGCGGAAGCGCCCCCCCCCCGCUCUGGAUUACUCUCGUUGUCGGCGCCGUGGCGCUGAUCGCACCCGUUCCCUCGCCCUUCCCCGAGUGAGCGAACUGGGCAGCCGUGGGGAGGGCAGGGAUCGGGCUUAGAUCUCCGACUCUUUCUCGGUAAGGCAGACGCGGAAAAGUUUGGAGACGCCGAAGGAUCUGCGGGCGGAGGGGCCGAGGCGGAGACACCCCUCCCCCCAAUUCGGAGCGGCUUGUGGUCGGGCGCGCGCUGGGGACCUUCCGAGUCGGUGGGACAGCCUGCCGCGAAGACCUUCCACAAGGUGAAGGAUGGGGAGCCUUUCCAGGUGGCAGCGUUAUUGCUGCUGCUAUCGGCUGCCUUUGCUUUGGGUCGCGCUGGCCGUCUGCACCACCAUUGGCUUCACUGUUCAGCUCCUGGGCAUCUCCCUUCCGAAGAGGGUGUCCUCACCUCCGCUGCUCUCCCCCACACGCACUCCAGUCUCCUCAGCAGAACCUCUGGGGGUGCGGGAGGAAGAGCCCGUCAGCCACCUCCUCUCCUGCCAGCCACGGCAACACCUGGUCUUCCUGAAGACCCACAAGACCGCCAGCAGUACCCUCAUCAACAUCCUGCACCGCUUUGGGGACACCAGAUCGCUGCGUUUUGCCCUGCCGGCCGGCUACCAGUUCAGCUAUCCCAGGCUUUUCCAGGCGCGGCACGUGAAAGGGUGGCGCCCCUCAGGGGCCCCAUUCGACAUCCUUUGCCACCACAUGCGCUUCAACUUGCCUGAGGUCCAGAAGGUGAUGCCCACAGACAGUUUCUAUUUCUCCAUAGUGCGGGAUCCGGCUUCCUUGGCUGAAUCAGCUUUCUCCUAUUACCGGGGUGUGGUUCCUGCCUUCCGCCGGGCUCGCUCACUGCCAGAGUUCCUGGCUUCUCCACAGAACUUCUACCGGCCUGGUGAGCGUGGCAGCCACUAUGCCCGCAACCUGCUUUGGUUUGACUUUGGCCUUGAUCCGCCAACAAGCCCCGGCUUAGCCCCAAUCCACGCUGCCCUGCUGGGACUGGAUCGCAUUUUCCACCUUGUGCUGCUGACGGAAUACAUGGAUGAGUCGCUGGUCCUGCUGCGCGACGCCCUCUGCUGGAGCUUUAAGGACGUGGUGGCUUUCCAGCACAACCUGCGCAACCCAGAGGCUGUUCACCAGCUAGGGGCCGCUGACGUAGCUCGGCUCCGCGCUUGGAACCACCUGGACUGGCAUCUCUACACUCAUUUCAAUCGCACUUUCUGGGCACGUGUGAAACACUUUGGCACCGCCCGCAUGGCUGGGGAAGUGGUCAUUCUCCGAAAGCAGCGGGCAGAGCUUAUGCGGCGUUGUUUACAAGGAGGGGGGCCACUGGAGCCAGGCCACAUUGCCGAUGAGCGCAUCCGCCCCUUCCAGUUUGGGCAGGUGCCAAUCUUGGGCUAUGCCCUACAACCCAGCUUGGCAUCCGGCCUGCAGACCGUGUGUCAGCAGCUGGUCACUCCUGAGCUGCAGUACAAGGACCUCCUGGAUGCCAAGCAGUUUCCCCACCCCUACAAGGGGGGCGAUCUCAGACAGGGAUGGGGGGAAGCAGCUCACAACGGCUCUUGGCAGCAGCCAUCCAACUGAAACGGCCCCCGUGCUCUGCCGGACACCCCCGUCCACGCAGGAUGCCACGGGCAGAGGGGCCCCAGGAGAGCUGCAGGGAUGUGCAACGCCGGCGGAACGAAGAGACUCCCGUGUUUAGAGAGGCAAAAGGCUGUCGGUUCUUUAAAUGCCUUGGGGUUGCUUAAGACUUGGGGAAACCAACAGAGCAACGUGCCCUCUCUGACUCCGGGCACACCCGCUGAUUGACAGGAGAGGAGCUUCCAUGAUUGGAUUUCCCAUAACUGGGCCAGGGAGAGCGUGAACACGCCCCCUCCCCCCUCAGCUCAGUGUUUCCCCCCCUCCCACCCUAACAAGGCAUCCUCCAAAGCCUGGAGGACCAGCAUUCUUGGGGGGUGGGUGGGAGGGGCUGGGGUGCAAACAACCCCUGGGCUGUCUCACCAAAGUGCUCCUGCUGUCUGGCCACGGAGUGCCUCCCUCUCCUGCCACUGUCUCGCCCCAGAUGCAGCGGGGCUUGUACCAGGGAAGCUGGAGCCGCCGUGGGGCUUCCUGGCUCUUCUCCCCACGUCUUUCUCUGCAUGGGGGAAGGAGGCUGCACUAGAGACUUCCCAGGCAGAGAGGCUCCGGGGCCAUGCGGACGGCUCGCAUUUGGGGACCCUGUGCCAAGGGUUGGAGCUGGGCCCCAAACCCGAGGAUCUGUGGAGACGUUGCUGGCAAACGCCGGGAGAGAAUGAAGCUGCCCUGAAGCGGAUGAGGAAGCCAGCAAGAUGCACAACCAACCCAGGAUGGGAAGGAAGAUGAGGAAACAAUAAUUGUUUCAAUAAUUAAUCAUUCAGAGUUAUAUGACCCAAUCGGAAGGGUUUAAUUUACAGGGAGUUUACGUAAGGAAUAAUAAAUUACAACGAAUAAAAGGGGUCCUGAGAAGAGACUUUCCAACUGGCUUCUUUAGCUUUAGCCCAGCUCUGCCCUCAGCCUGGACAGCCCGAAGGAGAGAAGCCAGGGCCAGAAACCAGCGAGUGGGAUGAGCUGCUGAUGGGCUUAAUCCUGCUGGGGCAUCGGGGCUAGUCCAGGGUGCGGGGAUUAGACAGGCUUUGUUCUAUCUACCGCAGGGCUGUUUCUCUUUCUAGCCUGCGCAAAAGAGCCUCAAGGAAAAGCCCAGGGCCUUCCCUGCCCCUCCCCCUCCCAGGAGGCCCAUAGCCCAGCUGUCUCUUGCAUACGCUGCUCCUCCUCCUCCUCCUCCUCCUCCUCCUCCUCCUCCGCUGCUGCUCCUCUGGCUGCCACUCAGUGAAAAGAAAAGCCCCUUAAGAGCGGGGCUGAACUAUGCAAAAGGGCUGGGUGGAGAAACAGAUGUCAUCCCACACACCCUGGGAAGCAAGCCAUGGGUGUUCCCAGUAAUCCUUGGCAGAGUGGUGGCUGUGUGACGCCUCAGAAGCUCCCACCUCCGGACUCUUCCUAGGUGCCAGGGCCGACUCUCGCCCUCACCCACCACCCACAGCAGCCUCAGGACUACCCGGCCACGGCACGCAAAGUAAGUCUGAGCACUGAUGAGCUGGGCCUGCCUGACCCUCGCGGAGAAGAGUGCGCCCAACUCCCCAGCUGGAGACACCCGCAGAAGCACAGUGCUAUCCUGGUCUUCGUGCUGGAGAGGGAGGCAGGCCUGGGGCUGGAACUUGGACCGUCUUCAGGCCACCCAGAGAGAUCGAGAACCUCAGGCUCACCGCCUCUGUAGCUACAAUAGUUCAGAUCUGCACCUUUGUUCUUUAUGGGCCCCAAUAGCCAGGUCAGGCCAAAAGCCAGGCCGGCCUUGCCCCCUCUGGUUCAAUCAGCAUUCGCAUUGUGGAGCUCUCAAAUUACCAUAGCUCUUUCCAGCAUUUUCGGCAGUGACACUAUUUAGAUUUUCUUCCCAUUAUACAAUUACUGUGUUCAUUUUCAAAAAGGAGAAUAUCAGUGUAAAAAAACACAUUG